AUGCUCAUUAUUCUUUCGGAUGAUGAUGACCCACCGUCCGUCGCUAACGGCGCUCUCCCUCUGCCCUCGACCCCUCUACCGGUUAUAGCUCCUUCCCUUAUCAAGCAAGUAGUAGAUAGUUAUCAAGUUCAUGAUUCUACUUCUGGGAUGUCGACUCUUGGUUUUAAGGACAAUUGCCCUAAGUCCGUCGAAUUAACGAAUACAAGUCACGACGUCGGCGUAAUUCCGGAAGAGCCUAUAUAUAUCAGCUCAGACGAUGGUAUGCCUGCAGCGAAUGAAUCGGAAGACGACGAGUCAUCAGUGGAAUUCGUCAAGGUGGUUGAAAUGAAGCCAGAGGUUGCUCAGGUCUCUAAAAAUCGCUCGAAGCCCAUCAGGAGUUCGCGAAGGACCUCGACCGUCCCGGUUUCGACUGUACAGACCGAGACUCCGGCGAGGGGCCGGCGUCUGGCAAGGAGUCGGGGUCCGGUGAGGAGUCCGGGCCUCGAGCGGAGCCAUAUAGGGAACCAGCCAAGUGAGCAUGCAAAAUAUUGUGCUUCCUGUCACAGUCUCGCGGAACCAAAAUGCCGGAGCCCUAGCCCAACAGACGUUCCUAGAUGGCCAAUCCGAUCUCGAGGAUCCAUUGAGCAGGGGCUUCCAACGUCGAUUCGACCAGUUAUUGGUGAACGCGGGUAUCGCCGAAAUGAGCGGUAUGAUAGGAAUAAUAGAGACAAGUGGCGUGUAAGCGAGCGGCAUGCCAGCGAAAGGUAUGCCGGUGAGUGGUAUGAUGGAGGUGGUGACAGAGAGUGGUAUAACCGCGAUGAGUGGUAUGAUCGAGGUGGCCGUGCCACCGACAGCGGGGUGCCGGGAACGUUCAUAGCAGACAAUUGCGAGCGAGACGGGGACUAUGAGAAGUACCGCUGGUCCGACGACGACGACCACGAGGGAGAGUUGACAACAGAGAGAAGAGUGCGACGAGGUUUCCAGGAGGAUGUGCUGGGCCCGGAAGACGGGGAAUUACCGCACGAGAGGAAGAGUUGGUACGGGGAAGAGCGCCAGCUCGAGAAAGAGAGCCUUGGGUCGGAAUGCACUAUGGAUGACGCUGCUUUGCCGGAUGGCGCUGUGUGGCCUGUGGCGUUCUCGCCAAGCCUGACCGACGAAGAGAGCCCUGUUCGGCCGGCGCGUUGCUUCGAUGAACCCUCAUUUGCGGGCCUGAAAGCAACCCCCCGUUUCUUAAACGCCUUUUCCCCCCCGCCGCGCCGGUUCCUGAGCGCGCGGUUCAUGCUGCCGGUCCUGGAGCCGCGGCACGUGCGCCGCGCAAUGAUCCGAGCGGCCCGCGGCACCACGGUCCUGACCGAGCUGCAGGCCCCCCACAACAGCCUCAGCACGGAAACCAUAAAUGCUCUCUUCGGCAUCCAGUGA